AUGAUUAACAUGAGAUUAUAAAAUCCAAAAUCCUUAUCUUCACUUGUAAAUUUGUAUUUAAAAAAAAUUCAUAAUCCUCUGGAGCUUAAAGAAUUAAUGGAUAAAUUAUUGAGUGAUGCCACUUUUUUGCCUAUAUAUGGACUAAAUAAUUAAUAAAAACUAGAACAUAGAACCAUCUUCACUAAUAUUUCACUUGGGAAUAACUAAAACUUAGGGUAACUUAUAAGACUAAAUUAGGACUAUAUUAGGGAUGACAGUUUUUGGAGUGAUUGGCUUUUUGGCCCUUGGAUUUACCUUUUUAGGAGCAAUAGGCGGAGGAGCUAUAGGCAUCAUUUUGGGAAGGUACUUAGGAAGGAAGAUCUCAAAAAAAAUUGCUACAAAAGGGAUAAAUUUAACUGAAUUUGAUAUCUUUGUUAUCAGAGUAAAAUGCUUACUAAAAUGGGUAAACUUCAUUUUGAUAAUUUAGGGUAAAUUGAUUAUGAUCAAGUAUAUGAAUAACAUCAACUUACAGAGGUUUUGUGUUUAGAGAAUUUUAACUGAGAUCAAACCUCUAUUGCAUUACAAGUAUUUUGAUAAAAAAUUUCAAAAAGAAUCUUCUACUUUACUAGACAAAAUAAGAGAGCAAUUAUCUAAAGAAUAAUCAAUCUAUGCUUUGUGUCUCAGUUAUAAAUUGAGUAAGGAAUACAUUCAAAUAAUUGAAUAAAAGAUAAUAUAUUCAAAAUUUAGUAAUUAUGAAGUAAUACUUAUUAUUAUAAUGUAAUGUUUAGAUAUCAUUUGUUUUAAAUGAAACAGUAUCAGAUGUUUUAAUUCCUUUUCUAACACUAUUUAAAGAUGAAAGAUCAUUUGAAAAAAAUGAUGUAAUCUAAUUAUUGAUUAAAAAAAUCAAAAAAUUAUAAAUUAAUAAAAUAGUAUUAAAGUGUUAAUAAAGUUAUUUUGAUUAACAGCUAUCAAUUGAAUUUAUCAAAAUGUUUGCAGCUAAGCUCAAUCAAAAAGUUAAAAUUGAAGAUUUGGAAAAAUUUUUAUAAAUAUAAAAUUAUAGAUAAUAGAAACAAAAUAUAGAUCAAAUAUCACCAUCAAAAAGUAAUUAAAGAAGGAAAAGCUAAGGAGACAUGGUAUCAAUAAAUGAAGAUGUAGAUUAAGAGUUUCGAGCUUAAGUUCCGUUAAUAAUGAAAAAUUCAGUAAGAGCAAGGGCAAAAUCCUAUGAUGAUAAAAAUGACCAAAAAAUUCUCUCAAAAUAAUAAUCUCAAUUAAUUAUUCAAUAGAAUUAAUUAUAAUAAUAACCAUAAUAACCACUUUAAUAAUCUCAACAUAAUGCCUAUGAACAAACAGAAAACAGAGGAUCCCAAUGUAUACCAGAAAAUUUGAUUUAAUAGACCUAAUUGCAAUAAAUUCUAUGUUUAUAAUUGGAGCAUACCAAAUAACACCAAUAAUUUCAUAGAGGGACAGUAUAAGCGGAAGAGAACUAAAUAAAUUCAGAUAGAACAUAUUAACUAUCAGCCGAGCUCGAAGAAAAGUUUAAUUUAUUAGUUGGACUCAUUGAAGAACCUAUUGAUGGAUGGGAAAUUAUAUUAAAAAAAGAAAAUUUAAUCAUUUACAAAACUUUCAAGCCUGGAAAUCCUGCAGUGUUUGUUAAAGGCCAUAGUGAUUUAUAAGGAAUUUCUAUAGAUAUAUUAUUGAAAGCUAUUCAUAAUGAAAAGUAUAGAUAGAAAUGGGAUAAAAUUUUAUUAAGUUUUUAAGUUUUGGAGAGAGAAUCUGCUAUUGUAGACAUCAUUUAUUACUAUGUUAAAAGCCCACCUUGUGUAGAUAACAGAGAGUUUUGUUAGAAAAGAAUAUUGAAAUACGAUUUUCCAAAGCCAGGAAAAACCUGUCUUUUAUAUUUUAGUGUAGAUCACAACAAGGCCCCUAAAUUCAAAGGGCAUAUCAGAGCAGAAACCUUGAUUUCAGGUUACAUUUUAGAAUCUAUACCUGGAGGAAGUCGAUUGUAUUUUUGUUCAAAUAAUGAUGUCAAGGGGGAUAUUCCAAAAGUAAGAUAUAUGUAUUUUAUAAUAGAGCUUAGUCAACUAUGUGGCUUCCAGAGCUCCUAUUAGUUGGAUUAAUUCAUUAAGAAAAGGUUGUGAAGAUUACAAUAAGAUAAUGUAACAAAUUUAAUGA